GCCUAUCGCAUAUCUAAUCAGGGAAAACAGAAGCCCCCCAAAAAAUCACAGUAAUUGAUAGUUAAUUACCGGCGGACACUCGAGGAAAUAGCGUAGAUAAGUGGCCAACUCAAGAACCCCAAUCGACCCGAAAGUGCUGGUCAGUCAGUCAGUCAGUAGUUAGCCAUCGGUCGAGAUGCCACCCCCAGGACGCGGAUACGGAGGACCACCUCCACGGGGUCCCGGAAUCGCCUACGGACCACCGCCACCCCGAGUGAAUGUCGGCAUCAAUAUCGGCGGACCACCGCGUCCGCCGCCCAUCGGCGUGGGCAUCGGCUUUGCUCCGCCACCCGUGGUGGUUGCACCACCGCCACCAACAGUGAUCGUCGGAGCACCACCCCCACCGCCCAUGGUCGUGAUGCCACCGCCACGGCCCACCGUUGUGGUGGGUGGCCAGGCUCCGGUGGCCACUGUGUAUGCCCAGCCGCAGGGAGAGGUUUUCUGCUGCACGAUUCUCUGACGGAAAAUAGGAAAUGAAAAACUGUGCUGCUGUAUAGAAUUAUUCACUACGUGUAUAUAUAUGCCUUAAAUAAGUAAAAUAAAAUAGUUAACUCAUAGAAAAGCCCACAGAUCAUGUUCGAUUCAAUUUGAAAAUGGCUUAAAAGACAUAUUAAUGCUAUCAAAAAUCAUUGUCAAGUGUGUUAUUUUAAUUUUUGAAGUGUGAACCAAUGAAAGUAU